ACCAUGGCGAUGAAACUGCUGACCUACGAACUGAAGAACUGGAGUAACAGCACCUGUCUGAAGCUGGCCGUGUCGUCGCGGUUACGACCCUUCGUGGCUCACACCUGUACCCAGCUGCUGCUGUCAGACAUGUGGAUGGGACGACUCAACAUGAGGAAGAACUCCUGGUACAAGGUGAUCCUCAGUAUCCUGGUGCCGCCUGCAAUCCUCCUGUUGGAGUACAAGACAAAGGCAGAGAUGUCCCACAUCCCUCAGAGUCAGGACGCCCAUCAGAUGACCAUGGAGGACAGCGAACACAACUUCCAUAACACCACCGACAACAUACAGAUGGUCAGAAUCAAUAUGAGUUCAUCUCAUCUAUUUUCUUUUCUUAUCUUACUGUGUCUGUUCUGGCAAGUACACUGGUGCUACUGGUAUUAUGAGGGUCCUGGGGUUUAGCUAUGAGGGUCCUGG